CAUCUACCGACCGUGUAGUUCGCUUAAGCGGUAUAACCGUAGUCUCUCUCGUGCAAUUUACAAGUUUGUGACCUUCUUUUUGCGGCCAUUCUUUGUUUACAUGUCAAGGAAUUCACAAACGGUCAGGUCAAAGCAGAUUAUCUAAUUAUAAUCAAAUAGCAAAGCCAUUGGUCUGACUGAGUUGGAAAUGUACAAGAGAAGAUAAGGUGACGGUGCCGAUAUGGCGGUAUGACAACCAACUAUCUCAAGCUUCAAUGUCUGCUGUGCUUGCUCUCCUUGCUGGCCACGGGAGAUCAAGACGGUUUCCAAGACCGAGACUUCUGGUUCGAGGAAGCUAAUGCUGCGCUUAAGCGGCGCUUGUCGCUGCAGAGCCGGCGUCAAUCGGCGAAAAAUGUUGUGCUCUUAGUUGGGGACGGACUGGGUCUGGCUACACUCACGGCAGCGAGGAUCUUCAAGGGGCAGCGGCAGGGACAACCGGGGGAGAGCAGCCACCUGGCAUGGGAGAAGUUCUCUGCAGUCGCAUUAGCAAAGACGUACAAUCUCGACGCUCAGAUCGGCGAGUCGUCCGCCUGCGCUACGGCACUCCUUUGCGGUGUAAAGGCGAACUUCGAGACUGUCGGCCUGGACAUCAGAGGGAAGUUCGGGAACUGCACGUCUAGCUUCGUGUCGAGGGUGGAGUCCCUCAUUGAUUGGGCUCAACAGGAAGGUAAAGCGACCGGUAUAGUGACUAACACGAGAGUAUCACAUGCUACUCCUGCGGCUCUCUACGCUCACUCAGCUAGCCGCUACUGGGAGGAUGACAGCAAAGUUCCUGCCACAGCCAGAAAAUCUUGUAAGGACAUUGCUCGACAACUGGUUGAAGAUGAUCCAGGGAGGCAUAUCAAUGUGGUGAUGGGCGGUGGAAGACGCCACUGGCUUCCCAAAGUCUCAAGGGAUCCUGAGGAGCCGAGUCUAGAAGGGAGGCGCCUGGACGGGAGAAACUUGAUCGACGAUUGGGUGAGAGACAAGAGACGUCGGGGACUCAAGGCCGAAUACGUUUGGAACAAAAGGCAGAUGGAGCAAUUGGACCUGGAAAGAGUGGACAGAUUACUUGGUUUGUUCUCAUUCUCACAUAUGGAGUUCGAGGCCGAUCGAGACAGAACGGCUGAGGGCGACCCUUCACUUGCAGAAAUGACAAGGACCGCCCUUUCUGUACUCAUGAAGAACCCCAGAGGAUUCUUUCUGUUCGUGGAAAGUGGUAGGAUUGAUCACGCUCACCAUUACAACAAUCCUUACCGAGCCCUGGAGGAGACCUUGGUGCUCGAGGAGUCGCUGCUAGAGGUCCUGUCAGUCACGGACCCGCUAGAGACUCUUACAGUAGUCACUUCAGACCAUUCCCACGUUCUUACGUUCGGUGGACUGUCCACUCCGCUCGGCAACCCCAUACUAGGAACCGACACCAAGGUGUCAGACAUGGACGGCUUGCCUUACUCUACCCUGCUGUAUGGUAACGGUCCGGGCUACGCUGCUCCAAGAUCGAUCCCCGCCAACACCACCAGUGUCAACUCCGUCCACGGGUCCGCUGCGCCUCGGCAAUGGGCGACCCACGCCGGUGAGGAUGUCCCGGUCUACGCCCAGGGACCCCUGGCCAACCGACUCUUCAGCGGCACCCUGGACCAGAGCUUCAUACCUCACGCGAUCGCCUACAUCGGCUGCCUGGGCGAGCACAGCAAGCGCUGCCAGGACUUCAACAACACUGCUGCCAAACAGGCGGAGGUUUGCGAGACUCCGGAAAUAAACACAGUUACCGGAAAGACCCGAGGCGGCCGGAUGUUGGCGAGUAGUGUGUUGAGUGAUUCCGCUUACCAGGAAAAAGUUGCUAUCCAUAACUUGUUACUUCUUGUCCUCAUCGUCAUAUCUGCGGUCACUUGAUCUUGCGAUGUUUGUCUAAAAACCUUUAUUGGUUUCAUUGUAUAUAUGUAAGCAAUUAGAAAAUACAUUUUAUUAUAUGUAAUUUAA